AUGGCUCGAGAAUCGCUUCCACGUCGACUUUUCCUAGCGUUCACAUUUAUUUUCAUCUAUCUAUGGAUUAUUUUGUUUAAAGAUCUCCCACGAUUAUUAUUUCAAAGGCGAAAGAAGAUUGAGAAUCAGGUUGUUGUGAUCACCGGUGGAGCGAUGGGAAUCGGAAAAACCGUUUCUAAAAUGAUGGCCAUACAGGAGAGGGCAAAAGUUUGUAUUCUGGAUGUUAAUGAGAAAGAGGGUCUGAAAACUGCCGAGGAGAUCUGUUAUGAAGGUGGAAUUGCACAUUUCUAUAGAUGUGAUGUGUCGGAUCCACAGGCAUUGUGCUCCGUAGCCGAACAAAUCCGAAAAGAUCCACGAUUAGGUACGGUCAAUAUUUGCAUCGUAAACGCUGCUGUGCUGAAAUUUGGUGAAUUUGAGGAUUUGACCUACAAUGACUAUAAAUUGAACACGAAUGUCAACGUUUUAGGGCACAUUUAUACCAUAAAAGCCUUUCUGCCAGAGAUGAUCGCCGCUAAACGAGGACAAAUCGUCUCCAUCGGCUCUAUUUGUAGUUAUUAUGGGGAACGUUACGGAACAGCUUACUGCUCUGCAAAAUUCGCAUGUCGUGGUUUUAUGGAAGCGUUGCAAAUGGAAAUCAUUGAGAAAGGCCUUUUCAAUAAGAUUAUUCUCACCUCAAUUUUUCCGUACUUCGUUAAAACUGGUUUUAUCGAGAACCUGGAGGAGCCAUACAGCACAUUUUUCGACGUUAUUCCCCUGGAGAAAUGUGCUCGUGAGGUUGUGGAGGCGAUUCUCAAAGAAAAACAGACUCACUUCAUUCCAGGAAGUAUUGGUCCGCUUUGUGUGUUCUUGAAGUGUUUCGUCACAAGAUCAAUUCUUCCGUAUGCACGGAAAGUGUUCAACUUCUCCUACGAACCGAGAAGAAAGAUGAGCCGUGUCAUCGAGACUUGA